AGCUAUCUCAGCUCGCAACCCCUCGCCCGCCGCCCUGGCUCGAGGUGGACGAUGAUGAACAGUGCCUUCACGAGCUUCUGCGAUGGAUCACCGGGAAAUCGCAUAUGCGAUGAAUAGAUUUCCCGAGAAAAAGGCCGCCAUGAGGGAGAGGGGUGUACAUGAGAACUGAUGGGCAAAACAGUCAUUUCUUCUAGCCAUUAACUCCAGUUAAGCCAAAUAUAGACGGUAGGGGCACCAGAGUCCAGACAAAGUUGGAUUGAUGGUUUGGUAGGAGCUACAAUUAUUUUAGUAGUAUGUAGGGAAUUGAGAACUUUUAUAAUGGCUUCAAAGGAAUUGCCUCUUCUUUCAACGAUUCCAUCUCCAUCUGGCACACUGCUCUCAAUUUUGAGCUAUUGGGAAAAUGACCGAUGACUAUUAUUCGUUUUGCAAGUAGCGAGGAAGCAUCCUCUUGUGUCGUGGCACCUAAUAAUGGUGAUGACAUGUUCCUGUUUCCCAUGACCAAUCAGAGAGCUCGGAAUGGAUCCAAACAUCCAGUGGACUGUAGUAGUGCCACUAGGAUGAAGACCGCUGACUUGUCACUUCAAUUUGCGAUUGAAAGGAGGCUUCCUCCUUUGAAAUGCCUCGACACCUUAUCUUGCCAUCCGCACGACCACACAUGCUAUUGCAUAAAACUGCCCGACUUGAAGCUAUCUAUCCUUGUAGCUUGUUCAAGUCUGCUAGCUACCACCUCCGAGGGCUUCCAAUGGAUCCGGUGAGUAUUGCUGCGAUAGGGUGGGGCAUCUCGACUGCAGGUUGGCUUGUCUCUCCAAUCAUCUCCAAGCUCCUCAACAAAAGUUUGUCCUACCUCGGCUCUCGCUCGUCAGAUAGGCUCAAGAAACUGGAUAGCAAACUUUUGCGGUUGAAGCAUAUGGCUGAAAAAGUUGAGGCAAGUAGUAGUAGCAGUCCUCAAUACGCAAACCUAGAUAAUUGGACCAAGAAGCUCAAGUCUGCUUUUUAUGAUGUCGAAGAUAUUCUUGACGCCAUUGAUUAUCACCAUCUCAAAACUCGAGCUGUUCAUCGAUCUGCCAAACCAACAAAGCAGGCUUUCAAUGUUGAACCUUCCUCGAGAGAGGAGUUGUCCAGCGCAAUAAAAAAGUUAGAAGACCUAAUUACUGAGGGAGAGGAACUUCUUUCAUGGGAGAAGUUGCCAGCCAACAGUUACAAAAUGACAAAUAGACCUACUACAUACAAGACAGCUCCAACACCCCCACCUGCUGUGUUUGGCCGAGAUAACGAUGUCAAAACAAUAACAGGAAUGCUUCGUGAUACACCUGCAGCUGGUGAGCCAGGACCAAGUACGACUAAAUGUUAUUCAGUAGUUGCUAUCCAUGGCCUUCCAGGAUCAGGGAAGACGACCCUUGCACAGUCAGUUUGUAAGGUGGAAAGGGAUGUUGGAUAUUUCAACAUCAUCAUGUGGAUUCAUGUUUCUCAGAAUUUCACUGUGGAAGCUGUUACCUCUGAGAUGUUUGAGGCAGCAUCGGGUAAAGGGGGUAAUAAGGUCCGGAAUCUUGGCGUUCUGCAAACCGAACUAAUGAAAGAGUUGAAGGGCAAAAAGUUCUUGUUGGUACUGGAUGACUUUUGGAAAACGGAUGUCACAAUGCUAGAUACGCUACUUGCUCCCUUGACAGCUGGGGAUAGUGGAAGUAAAAUACUGGUGACCACUCGAUUUGAAGAUGUAGCAAAAGCACUGCUUGGUGCCCAGAACCUAUUUCCAAUUCCUGAAAUUGAAGAGGAUCAGUUCAUCAAAAUGUUCAUGCAUUAUGCACUUGAUGGUGCCAAAAAUAGUGGCCAAGAAUUUAGAGAACACGAAAUUGUGGGGAUAGAAAUUGCUCAAAAGCUAAGAGGAUCACCUAUGGCAGCAAGACUGGUUGCAGAACAGCUGAGGGGAAAUAUCAAUAUUGAUCAUUGGACAAUGACCCUGGACAGUGACUUGUUAAAAGAUACCAUGGGAGCUAUAUGGUGGAGCUACCAACAACUUGAGGAGCAUGUCAGGCAAUGUUUCAGAUAUUGUAUAAUGUUUCCCAGAAGAUAUCAGUUGGAGCGAGAAGAGCUUGUUCACCUGUGGAUGGCAGAAGGGUUUUUGGAGGCCGCUAGUGAAGCAAAAAAUAUGGAAAAUAUUGGUCAUGCCUGCUUUGAUGAUUUAUUGUCACGCUCAUUUAUUCAACCAAAAGAACACAGCAAUGACAUGAGAUACUUCACAAUUCAUGAUCUGUUCCAUGACUUGUUGGAAGAUUGGAGGCCAGAUAUUAAUGUGAGUAGACAUGUUGGAAGUGAAUAUUAUAGAAUAGAGGAAGGAAUUGUGAGUGAAAUUCCUGAACCCGAUCAAGUUCGACAUCUCUUUAUUGAGUCCUACAAUGAAAUUGUGUUCCAAGAGAAGAUUUUGAAGCUGAAGAACUUGCGAACUAUAUUUAUGUCUGCUACCACAGAGACAAUGACUAAAAAAGAUUUGAAACUUCUGUUCAAGAGUUUAAGGAAGCUACGGGUGAUUCAUGUGUAUUAUAAAGAUUAUAAAGACAGAAAAGAGGUCCCAAAAAUUGGUGAUCUGAAACAUCUGCGCUAUCUUAGUCUUUGGCCCGAUGAUGAUGAUUUUUAUGAAUGGACUCUGCGGCCAUACGAAUUUACCAAGCUUUACCAUUUGCAGAAGUUUUAUUGCUCAUCUCCUUGGGUUCUUCAUCCGUCCUCCCAUGAGGAAAUGUGCAGCCUUGUCAAUUUGCGGUACAUGUCUGAACUCGAUAAGUUCGAGAUACCUAAUAUUGGGAGGUUGACUUUGCUCCGAACUCUGGGUGCCUUCACAGUUAGGAAAGCAAGUGGUUAUGAGAUACAACAGCUGGAGCACCUGGACAACCUUCGUGGCACCCUGGAAAUCAAGGGACUUGAAAAUGUUAGAAGCAAGGAGGAAGCUCGACAGGCCAAGCUAGGUAAAAAGGUACAUCUCAGAAAACUGAAACUGCAAUGGCAAACUGAUAACCAGAGCUCCGAGGAAAACAAGGAUGUCCGAAAGUCAAAGAAACACCGUACGAUCAGCUGUUUGGGAGAUGGGCCCUCAAGAUCCACCAACCAGAUUCUAGAUCCACAGGAGGAAGUCCUGGAGGAACUCUGCCCACCAUCCCUAACAUCUGAGCUAAAAAUCGAAGGAUACGGUGGAUCGUCGUAUCCAAGUUGGUUGUCGGAAGAUCAGAGCAAAUUAAAGAACCUGCAACAUCUCCAGUUCUCGAGAUGCAGUGCAUCUGGUCCUCCCAGUAAGAUUUGUACGUUGAAUCUUCCUAGUCUUACAAUUCUGGACUGCAGUUGGAGCUCAUUGCCAGAGAACAUGGAGUGCCUAGCAUCGCUAGAGGAAUUGUCCAUAUCCAAUUGUGAAAACAUGCUGUCACUACCAAGGUUACCUAUGUCCCUGAAGGUACUCAAAAUUUGCAAUUGGAAGGGAACAGACCCUUGCCCCUGGAUUUGGGAAUCCUUGGUUAAUUUGUGCAAGCUUAGACUUUAUUACGUUAGCUGGACCUCUUUACCUGAGAACAUGGAGUGCCUAGCAUCACUAGAGGAAAUGGAGAUUAACCGUUGUCAAAACAUGCUGUUACUACCAAGGUUACCUAUGUCCCUGAAGGAACUCACAAUUAACCGUUGGAAGGGAACAUACGUUAACCCCGGGAGUUGGGAAUCCUUGGUUAAUUUGUGCAAGCUUAGACUUUGUCACUGCAGCUGGACCUCUUUACCUGAGAACAUGGAGCGGCUAACAUCGCUCAAGGUAUUGAGUAUCACGAACUGCAAAAAUAUUCUGUCACUACCUAGAUUACCUCUGUCCAUCAAGGUUCUUUACCUUGAGGGUUGGGAUGAAACCCCUGGGGUUGGCGAACCUCUGCGUACCAUUCCAAGCUGGCCUGAGAACAUGGAGGAUCUAACUUCGCUUGAGAAAGUGGUUAUGACGAACUGCAAUAAUAUCCACUCACUACCAAAUUUGCCCAGGUCCCUAAAGGAAUUUUUACUUAACGGAGAAGAUCUCAUGCGGGAUGACUGCUCGUGGCCAGCAGCCAGCAUAUAGGGCCGCUCUCUCGGCUUGGCUCCAGGCGAGGUCCAGGCGUACUGGGUCUUAGUCGAGUCUGUUAGCUUCUUGUUUUUCUCAUUCAGUUGAGUCUGCACCCGGUCAGAGUCUGUUUCACUCGAUCGGUUGCGUGCUGUUGUUGCUCAACGCGCACUUUGUUCGCGCGGGAGCGAGUCUGUCUUGCGCGGCGUGAUCCGGACUUGUGGGAUGGCACAAGGUGCACGGCGCGCCGCAGUGUCCGGCCUCUCGAGGCCACAUUCUGUAACGCACUGUUAAUUUAUUCAGAAUAGAAUCAGAAAACGCAGCAUUUGCUGCCCCAAAA